AAAAAUUACAAACAUAGUAUAAUAAAUGUUUCCUGUGAUUUAAAGUAGAAUUUCCUACAUAUUUUUUAUGUAUAAGAUAAUACCAAUAACGUGAACAUGUACGGCACAUUGGCCGACUAUCAUAGACAAAGGGGGCAUGGACUCACGUGAAAGCCGACCUUUCUUAAAAAAAUAUCUUAAGCCCUCUAAAAAGAUCCAAUCCCCACAACCAAUCUUUCUCCUUUUUUUUUGUCACUAUACGUUCUAAAUUCUCUUCCCCAUAAUAUAUAAACACAAGAGCUACUCAUUCACACUCUUGAAACACCUCUCACCAGAGCAGAACACAGAGUCACCAGAACACAAACACAAAAAGUUGAUAUAUUUAGAUUCUGGUGACGCUCUGCUCUAAUGGGUCACUCUCAAAAUUCUCUCUUUCUUUCUCUAAUUCUUGUUCUAGUCUAUGGCGUUUCCUCCACCACUUUCACCGUCGUUAACCAGUGCAGCUACACCGUCUGGCCUGGUCUUCUCUCCGGCGCGGGAACCGCUCCUCUACCCACAACCGGAUUCUCUCUAAACCCGACAGAAACACGCGUCAUACCAAUCCCCGCCGCUUGGUCCGGCCGUAUAUGGGGCCGUACUCUCUGCACACAAGACGCAACCACCGGUAAAUUCACUUGCGUCACCGGCGACUGCGGCUCCUCCGCCGUGGAAUGCUCCGGCUCCGGAGCCACACCACCAGCGACGCUUGCCGAGUUCACCUUAAACGGAGCCGGCGGUCUCGAUUUCUACGACGUCAGCCUCGUCGACGGCUACAACAUCCCUAUGACGAUCGUACCACAAGGCGGCGGAGAUGCGAGCGGCGUCGCCGGGAACUGCACCAUCACUGGCUGCGUUACGGAGCUCAACGGCCCUUGCCCUGCUCAGCUGAAAGUGGCGACGACGACGACGGGGACUGGUGGAGUGGCUUGCAAAAGCGCUUGCGAGGCGUUUGGGACGCCGGAGUAUUGCUGUAGCGGCGCGUUUGGAACGCCGGACACGUGUAAGCCGAGCGAGUACUCUUUGUUUUUCAAAAACGCGUGUCCGAGAGCUUAUAGUUAUGCUUACGACGACGGAACUAGUACGUUUACUUGCGCCGGAGCUGAUUACCUCAUCACUUUCUGUCCUAAUCCUAACCCAAGUGUGAAGAGUGCAACCAAGGGAGGAGUACUUGAGCCCGAAGCCGUAAGCUACUCCGCCGCACCGCCAAACGCGUCGCCGACUCUCUCUACCGUGUUUUCGGUUGGUGUCUUAGCUGUCACGUUUUGGGCACUACAACGCGUUUGGUGAUAGCUGUAAAUUGUAAUGUAUGCGUUAGAGCUUUGACAACAACAUCACUCGAGGUUUUCAUCUAAGAGAAAGAAAAGAUCAUCAUCUUAAAAGAGGAUCAGAAGAAAGAGUUGAUUUGUGUGGGAUUCUAAAGUGCUAAGGAUGGAUUUGUUUUGGCUGAUUAGUAUUAGUAAUAGUAAU